AUGAAAACUCUUUGCAUUCUUAGAACGAAACUGACAACUAAUAUUAUUGUUGCAUGCAUCAUUCUGCAAUGUGCGACUGCACAAAGAGGACCCUGUAUCGAUGGAGGAUGUGUGUUGGAAAGUGAUGAUUGUUACGAAGAUCAGUGCUAUGAAGUUGUUGGAGAUUGUAAUGAAAAUAAUGAAUGUGAACACGAAGAUUCUAAAUGUGUUGAUUCGGAAAAAAAGGCGAAUAUUUGCAUCUGGUUGAAAACACCAAAAGUAGAUGAUGAUGUCACCGUUCCACUCACUACAAUUCCUAGUGAUGAAUGUUACGAUAAAAUAUCUGAUUGUUUGAAGUAUUAUUUUCUUUGCAAGAACAAAUUAUACCAAUCAUUGAUGGCAUCAUUUUGUCAAUUAACAUGCGGCUAUUGUGAUAUACCAAUGUCACCGACAAUUACACUUACACCAGAAAUUUGUCAAGAUAAAGCAGCAUCUGGAAAACCAUCUGACUGUCUAUUACAUUCUCAUCUCUGUCAUGAUCCAAUUUAUGCGGAACUUAUGAAAGAUCAAUGUACUAAAACAUGUGGUUUUUGUGAUAGCGAAAUAUCAACAAUGUCUACAUCAUCAAUUUGUGAGGACAAAAAAGGAAUUGAUGGACAAUCAAAUUGUAAAGAUGUGAAAUAUCUUUGUAAUGUACCAUUGUAUAUACCAUUAAUUUCUAUUCAAUGCCCUCUUACAUGUGGCUUAUGCUAA